UGCAAGAGGAGACAGAUCUAGGCCCAGGCCUGGGAGUUCCGGUCCGGUUCUGCCCGCGGCCCGGGGCGUUCGGGGCGGUCGAGGCGUAGCGCUCCGGUGGCUCACACAGCGGCCCUCGGCUCGUCCGGCCCUCUAGAGCGUAUCUCUGGCUGCCAUGGCCACCGCUGGCUUGCGGGCCUUCGGGACAAAGGGGCUCGGGUGGCUCCGGCUCAACCCGUGGGCCCCGCUCUCCGCCGGCUUCUGCAGCAGGGGGGCCGGGCCGCGACCCACCAGCGCGCGGCAGCGGGACGGCAUCAGGACCAUUGUCUUAAGUGAUCCAAAGAAGAGGAACGCGCUGUCGUUAGCAAUGCUGAAGUCUCUCCAAACGGACAUUCUUCAUGAAGCAGAGAGCAAAGACCUCAAAGUCAUUAUCAUCUCAGCGGAGGGGCCUGUAUUUUCUUCUGGGCAUGACUUAAGGGAGCUGACGGAUCAGCAAAGCACAGAUUAUCACACUGAAGUAUUUCAGACCUGUUCUGAGGUCAUGAUGCUGAUCCAGAACCACCCUGUCCCCGUCAUCGCCAUGGUGAAUGGCUUGGCCACUGCCGCCGGCUGUCAGCUGGUUGCCAGCUGUGACAUCGCCGUGGCGAGCGACAAAUCCUCUUUUGCCACCCCAGGAGUGAACAUUGGGCUCUUCUGCUCCACCCCUGCGGUUGCCUUGGGGAGAACCGUGCCGAGAAAGGUUGCCUUAGAAAUGCUUUUCACGGGGGAGCCCAUCUCCGCCCAGGAGGCCCUGCUGCACGGGCUGCUCAGCAAAGUAGUGCCAGAGGAGCAGCUGGAGGAAGAGACCAUGAGAAUUGCAACGAAGAUUGCCUCCUUGAGCCGUCCUGUGGUGUCUUUGGGCAAGGCCACCUUCUACAAGCAGCUGCCCCAGGACCUUAGAACAGCCUACUACCUGGCCUCCCAGACCAUGGUGGACAACGUGGCCCUGAGGGAUGGGCAGGAGGGUAUCAAGGCCUUCAUCCAGAAGAGAAAACCCGUCUGGUCAGAGUAAGUGGUCCCAUCAGAGGAACGGAGGAGGAGUGAUGCCCACACACCACUGCCUCCUCGUGAUCGUAGAGGAGACAGCCUGCUGUACAUUAGCAAUGGCCUCGCCGCUUGUAGUCUGCAUGAAAAGCCUUGAUUCCACAGGGGAAAGGCUGAGGCGGAGAAUGGAAUGAGGCUGAAGGGUAGUCGGCACCUGUGCUGGCUGGCUCUAGUGGAAAGCCUGGUACUUGACAUCCUCCUUCCCGGGACCACAGGUGAGGGAUCACCAGAUGCGGGAGAAGGUGAGGAGAACACGCUGAGGUAUAAAAGAAGAGUGCCAACCUCACUCUGCUUUCAGAAAUGUCCCCUGAGGUGGAGGCCAUUCUGGCUGCCCGAGGGCGGCAGCGCGUUUCCAAUCUCCACAAGAUCUUCUCGAUUCCACUGAGAAAUAAUCACGCCUAUGGCUUUGGUCUAAUCUUAUAUGAUUUAAAAUGAUUAAAUAUUUAGAGAGACUGGUAAUUUCAUCUUCCCAACCAGACUGUAGCUGUCUGAGAAGAGGAAAAAAAAAAAAUCACAACCUCUUUCUUUGGGUGCCAGCACUCAUGGGCGUCCCCCAGAGGCCGAUGUUCCUGGCUCUCCAGGACCCCAAAACUGGGAUCCUGGGCUAGACCUGAGGACAGAAACCUCAGGGAGACCUGUCCCCCCACUAGACGCCACCCGCUCUGGACACGUUUCCGAACUCUGCUCGGCCUCUGGUGGGCGAUACAAACUGGACCCGGGCGUCCAAGCCCCCCAGCUGAGCAAGCGUUUGGAUUAGGACCUAAGCACACUGCUUUUCUGGCUUCUGGUCCGACAACGGCCUAAGAAACGCUCCAAGUCUCUUGUCCUCAAGCUUUUAUAUAGGAUCUUAUCUUUUUUAAAAAGCCAAUCUAUCUUCCCUAGGAGUGGAAUGCGGCCAUAAAGGCAGUCAGCACUGUGACGGAAAUAGGGAACGUGUGGUUCUAACCCAAGGCUCUCAUUCAGGGCUCGCGUGUGUUGUGAAGGAUGCCCCUCCUGCGUUCACAGAUUCCUAUUGAGACUGACUUUUUUUUUUCUCUGCCUGAGUGUAGAAAGGUUUUUGUUUUUUGUUUUAAGAGUGUUUUCUUGGAAAGGAGGAACUUGUUAGUAAGAUGGUCCUCGUGAGCAGAGGUCCCCCAUGUCCUGGCCACCUGGGACGUGCCAGGUGCUGACCCGUCCGCACAUUCGUGUUUCGUCCUCAUUCAGAGCUCAGUGGAGCAGGUGGUGUGGUUGUUCCCAUCCUACAGAUGCAUUGCUGAGGCCCACUUCAUGCCAGGUCAAACAGCGGACAUGGGGUAGGGCAAGGGUUGCAGACUCUGUCAGCCUGAAGAAGCCACAGGUGCCCUUUCCCCCUGGCCGCAACGCCUUGUAGGGAGGGCUGGGCCAGGCUGGUGUGAGGCCAGCCCCAGGAAAGGACUUCCCUGCUGCAUACAGCUUUCUGAAACAAAGGAAUGGGCCACACAUUUGCUGCUAUGCAACCUUGCUGGUGUGCAAGGGACAUCGGUGUGAUUUCUGGCAGAAGGCUAAGGGAGUUUUCCCUGCACAGCUGAUAAAGAGCUGGCUGAUGGUCUAGACUCGACUAUGAAGGACCCACCUGUCACCGUCUGCUCAAACACAGUGCUGCCAGGGGGGCCCCGCCUCUGCCCUCCUGCCCUGGUGGCCUGCUGCGGAAGGCAUUAUUUCAGUUACCAGAUAGCACAGUGUAGGGGACAGGGUGUGAGAAAGGUUCUGGGCCUCAGGGAAAGUGACAAAGCCUUCUCUCACACCCGUCUGGCAAAUGAAAAUCAAAAGUUAGCUUUCCAGUGUCUGCGUAAGCCUACACUGUGCUCCGAAACCGUGAGAUCCUGGGGGCUCUUGGCCGGCUUCCCAGCCCAUGAGCCGACGUGCACUCAGGGACUGGCUAUAAAUCUGACCACUCGCCUGUGGAGAAGAUAACCCAGAAGGAAAAUCUGGCCCCGACCCUCUGAAGUCAUAGAAUUCAUCCCCAGGCAAAUAUAAAUUCAGGGCUCAUUUGUAACCCUGCUUCCCUCCACUGGGACACCGAAUGAGAUUUUUCUGAUAACCACACAUGACGAGUGCUGUUGGAAGCCUAGUGUGUCUGGCUUUCCGUCUGCACCAUUCACUUCUCAGGGAGCUUUGCUGAGCUCAGCCCAGCCGACCAUGUCCCUCAGUUCGGGCGCCAGAGCCGGGUGUCUGCUGCUCGCUGGGUGAGAGAGCAUUCCAAGGCCAACUCGAGGCCUGGAGAAUACAAGCAAACGCAGUGAUCCCGUGUGCUCCACAGCAGUGAAUUUGGGGUGGCUGCCACUCGGGAGCGGUGCUGAUCUAAUGAGCCUCAGUUCCUGCCUGCAGCACUAUGAGGCUACUCUUGCUGGCCCGCUGGCAUCCAGGGGGCCCCAAGAGGUUACGGCAUUGGCCGAAGGCAGUUUGGGGAGUGGGUUUGGGUCUGUAGGCUCCGGGAGCCUGUGCUCCUGACCACCGCACCGUAUUCCUCCUGGUAUCCUGAAAAGGCUCCUGAUCCAGCCUGCACACGCUGACUACCAGCGCGCUCCAAGGGACCAAGUGGAAAGGCCACAGCCACGGCAACACAGUUUUGCUCCCAGAAGGAGAUUCGGGAAAAGCAGGGAUUUGAACACAUAGACCGUGGCGUCCUGGCCCCAGGUUUGCCGUGGAGCCAGUUGUGUGACUGGGCGCAGCUGACAGAGGUGCUUUUGCCGCUCAGCUGGCCCGUCUAUACAAAUGACACCACUGGACACUUGUCUUCUUCCUGUGACAUUCCGGAUUCUGCAAUACCGGGGUUCAGGAACUUGCCAUGGAAUGUGAAACAGCCAGCUUUUGCUCACAGAAACUGCUCUUUUACAAGUGGAGAAGAUGGGCAUUUCACCUGGAGAAGCAGUAAACAGUGGAAACGCCUGAGCACAUCUGCGACCGCAAACUCCAUUACAGAUAUUCAGAGGUGUGGGGCCACAUCCAAACCUUCUGAAGAUGUGAUCAACAAGGAGGACCCGCCCUGAGGCACAUGGCCCUCGUGGGUGAUGUCUAGGUGCCUUAUUCAGCCAGCUCCACCCCCCACUUUCUUCUCCUCCUUCUGAAAACCCACGGCAUUAAGAGUGGCAUUUCCAAAGUGUGGCCCCUGGACGACCUGGGUCUUCAAGUGAGGAUUCCUGGGCUCCUCAGAGCUAAUGAAUCACAAAUGCAGAUUUCUGGGGCCCAAAAAUAUGUAUUAAAAAAAAAGUUUCCGAAUGAUUCUGCUGCACAAUAAAAUGUAGGAACUGACCACAUUCCGGUGGA